UAAUAAAUUACCCGUAGCAGCACUUAAUUCUUUAAUUAUUUAUCACCUGUUGACUAAGUUCAUGCGCUUCAUGAUGGUCAUUCAAUAUCUUGGUGACAUGGGUCUAUGGUUGUCGUGAAUAUCUUGGUGAUAUGCGUCUAUGGUUGUCGUGAAUAUCUUGGUGACAUGCGUCUAUGGUUGUCGUGAAUAUCUUGGUGACAUGCGUCUAUGGUUGUCGUGAAUAUCUUGGAUUAUGCGGAAACAACUGGAUGAGUUUGUGACUUCUACGACUAUUCACGGAAUUAACAAGGCUGGCAACGCUAGCUGGAGAAAGCGGAGGUUCGUCUGGUUGCUCCUGACGCUUCUGAUGACGUGUGCGCUGAUCGCUUUCAUUGUAGAGGCGAUCACAAGUUUCCUUCAGUAUCGAACAGUUACAAGAAUAUCUGCAGAAAACAAACAGAACCUCGAAUUUCCAGCGGUCACAAUCUGUAACAUGAAUAUGGUCAAAAAGACGAUACCACAGUGCAAUGGAACGGUCUUCGCAAAUUUGGAUAAAGUCUUCCUAAACUUUGGUGAGACGUUGGUCAUAGAGGACCGCCUGACACCAGGUUUGGGAUUUGUGAAUGGGUUACUACCCAGCGGCGAACAGAUGCUGAACUGUCUCUAUCAGUAUUCGAACACGAUUGAAGAGAUGCUGCCGAUUUGCACGUGGAAUGGCGCCUUAGAACCUUGUUCAAAUUUGUUCAAAACUACCCUGACCGAGAUGGGCGUUUGCUUCACUUUUAACGGAGAAGCGAACCAGCGGCAGCAUUCAUCUUUCACCGGAAGUGACGGCGGACUGCGGGUGUUUGUGGACAUCCGGCAGGAGGACUAUUUCUAUUCUGCUACAAUUCAAGCCGGGAUCAAGGUGGUUCUCCACGAGCCGAUGGAGGCUCCACUUCCCUCUCUGGGUGGGUUCAUGGUGGCUCCCGGAUUAUCCGCCGACGCUGUCGUUCUCAGAACUAAGAAAAGCUCCUUGGGUGAACCAUACGGGAGCUGUUUAAACGUGCAGGGGACUGGGAAUCCUUUACUGCGCUACCCCGUAUACAGCGAAAAGGCAUGUCGAAUGGAAUGCAUGGUUAACUAUCUGGUCAGCAAGAAUGACAUUUGCAUGAAUUGUCGACAUUUUUUGUAUCCAGGACCAGAGAGAUUGUGCGAUUACGAAGAAUUAGAACAGUGCUUUCAAUUUUAUCGAAAUGCCACCACAGAGAGAUAUUCGUCGGACUGCCGGUGCCAGAGGCCGUGUGACACAGUUCAAUACGACACAUCCAUAUCAUACGCAGGGUUCAUGUCAGAAUUCAUGUACAACUAUUUCCUUACGAAGGGCAUAUUUCCAACUCCGGAAUACGGAAGGAACAACUUUAUUGAGUUGAAGAUUUACUAUGACUCGUUGAUAGAGGCUUUUAUUACGGAGAGUCCAGAGUUUGAUAUCUACCAAAUUCUUAGUAACAUCGGUGGUCUGAUGGGGAUAUUCCUGGGGGCGAGUCUGCUAUCGGUGGUAGAGUUAAUGGAAUUCCUGGUCCUCACUCUGAUGCCGCGAAGCAGACUGAAGACCGGGGACGUUUCCGAUGCUGAGAAUGGCACAGUGACAGCCCCGGGUGACCGUGCAGUAGCAGUGAUAAAAGAACGGAAGAGAAUGAUUAACGUGAAAACUAAUAUCAGGAAUCUAAAGAAAAAAAGGAACCAGAGACGGUUCUAAUAUUCCUCCAAAGGCACCUGACAUAAAACAUAUUUAAGUAAGAUAUUCCACUCUUGGUCUAUUUUAUACUUAUUGUGAUAGAAGAGGGAAAAAUCGUAAAUCUAAAAGAUUUGUAUUUUUCUUAUGUCGGGUGCCCGUGAUUGUCGUCCACGUUUGAAUACAUUUUAAAAUUAUGUCACACUACUUUCCUAUACUCAAGGCUGUCUUUGAAUGCAGUCAUAUUGUAUUGACCAUGGCAUGGCAUGCUGCAUCAAAUCACCAACAGAAAAUUGUAUAGUUUCAACUUGUAACACUAAAGCCAAAUGUGCUUGAGGACAGGACUCCCUAUCCCUCCCGGAUCGGAUUGUAUCUUUAUCAAUAAGUUAAACUCAACUACAAAACAUUCAAAAUGUGAUCCGGUUUAUAUCUAUUACUUGUACAUGUAUCAUAUGAUUAGUGAAUAGUGAUGUUUUUAUGUUUCACAAGAGACAAAUCCAAAAUCUGUUCAGAAAUGUGUGCACCUUGUUUGAAAUUAAUUAUUUUUAUUAGAUCGAACUGCUUACUGUAGCUCGUAUAUUACACCGAUAACAUACUCAAGAAAAGGUAUACCGUAGGAAGAAUUACGAACUUGAUCCAAAUGUAAUGUAACAGAUGCGAUAAAAUCGUAAAAAAAAUCCGCGUAAAGGAAUAAAAAUUCGUGCUUUGAGACAUCUACCUAAUUCAAUUCAGAUCUGAAAAUUUUAAUGCGUUAUGAUAAUUAUAUCUGAAGAUAAUAUAUUUUGUAGAGCAUGAGGUAACGAUAGUCGCCGCACGCUAGCGACGUCAUUUCUAGAUCUUUGGCGUUCUGGUAUAAUUUCGUAAUUUAGUACUCUAUAAAAAUUCGCCGCGAUGGUCUAUUUUACAUUUUUUUUCUUCAUAAAGUAACUAAUUAAUCUUUUUGUAAUCGAUGAAGUAGGAUAUUGGAUUAUUUAAUGUGCGAUCAGUUUGUCAAGGUCUCUUCAAGAAGUCAUGAACAUAGCUUUAUGAUAUAGCCAUUGACGUUUACAAGAACCCAGGUUUAAUUUUCCUUCAGAGCGUAUGUCUUCUAUCUAUCUAAUUUAUUUAUUAUCAUGACAUAUGCUUUUAUCAGGUAUUAGAACCACGUGUAAGGUACCCUGUUCACUCACUCUCAAUUUUAGGUUGAUAUAUCAAUUCCAGUACAUUUUCUAUAGUGAUUUCUAUCCAUCGAAUCAAAAAAUGCAUCGUAUCACUAUUCGCAUGUUCAGCCUUUUUAUCCCUUCGAUCUAGAGACAAAAAACAUUGGUUAGAUAUCCGAAAUGGACAGUAACGGUCCCUUAUUUUUCAAAAUAGUUAUAAAAAGUUAAUAAUAAUAUCUGUUUUAAAUAUUGUGUUGUUUGGGACAUUUUCAAAUUUUAAAGUAUGUAAUUAUUCAUGUAUACAAAUAUUAAAAAAGAUGUAAAUUCAUGACGCGGCGAUGUCACAUAUAUCAUGCUAUAAGCAUCAAUAUCUUUAAGUGUUUUCUACGAAAUUUCAUAAAAAUUUUCAUUCGAAUUUAAUUUUUGCUAAGGAAAAUUUUGAUGCGCGCGGUGCAUAGUGUGACAUUACUUUUGGAUCAACCCUUGUACAUGUGGUUUUUUGUUUUUUUUUUAAAUUUGUUUUACAACCCCCCCCCCCCCCCCCAAAUUAAAACAAAAAAAAACCCAUGAGACGAUUGGAUAAUCAUCAAUAUUAUACAAUAAUUUCAAAAUAAUUGGGUAAAAAAAUAGUGACAUUUUAUCCACUCUGUUCUCUUGAACAAAAACUUAUUAUAAGUUAAAUAAAGAACUUAGUGGACGAAAUACCAAUGUGGUGGAAUACUUUAUUAAUAUUAUAAAAUACUGCAAAACUAUUCAGUUUCUAUUGAAUGUAACGACGCCAAUAAAACCAAAUUAACGAUUCUGGUAGGUAAUUCAAUGUUGUGGAAUAUGGUUACCUAUUAUUUGUUUGCUUUGUGUAAACCUUAUAAUUGAAUAGACAUAAAAAUUUUCAUUAAGAAUUUUGAUGUUGAGAAAAUACGCAAUAGGCUUAAAUAUCCCAUUAAAAUUCAUGCUUUGAAAAAAAAAACCUUUUUAAA